AUGUACUCCAGUCAACGUGCAAUUACGACACUCACCACAAUGAUGCCGGACAUGACCGUUGAUCCUGUGAUCGAGUUUUACGCUGUAGAUGGCUACGCCGUAACCGCUGGUGGUACUGUGGGUUUCGUGAUCAGUAUCGACAUCCCAGAGAAUACCACCUCGGUCUUCAUUGUUGAUGUCUCCAUGCCGUACCUCUCCAACCAGGCAGUCAUGUCAAUCUGCCGUGCUGAGGUGGUCUACAGAGGCUACAAUGUACCCUGUGCCGGCAACCUAGUGCCGGAGUUUAACCAAGAGGACGGCGAACAUGCAGAUUACGUCCAGUUCAACUUUGGCGGUAUCACCAAUCUUGGUAGACGGCACCAGACUGACGACAGCAAACUGAAAUUACUCGUUACUGCCGAGCUUCUAGUGGAUCACCCAGACGUCUCCAACGGGUCGCUGUUCUACGUCACGGCCGGUGUCCGUUACGAGAUGGUUGACCAAGAUAUCCUAUGGGUGUCUGAAGCACCAAUCACGGCCGUGGAUAACCAACAUCAUGAAUAUUCAAGCAUUGAUAAGAAACCAACGUUUAAUUUGAUGAAUCGAGGCAAAGAUUAUUUCCUGUACAACCAUUCAGCCGUGUCCUUCAACAUCACCGUCAACAUUCCCCCAGAGACAACCUACUACCCCCUCCUCCUCAACAUCACCUCCCAAAGAGCUCCCGUCAACAACCAGCCCAUGUUCAGCAUCUGCCGCGUCGAGGUGGUCAAAAUCGGCCCGGACUUCCACUGUCACACCCUGGACAGAUCGUCGCACACCAACGUGUCUACGUCAGAGGAGGGCGUGGCCUAUCAAUACCUGGUAGAUCUGGGCGUGGUCACCAACAGCUUGGAGGCGUGGAUGCAGACGGAGAGGGCGGAUGGGGAGUUUGUGGUGGAGGUCAGCUUACACUGGGAGGACCAUGCUGAGCUGGUUGAUGGUGAGAAUGUCACCGUGACGGUCCAGGCGGAGUACGGAUGGACGGGAACAUGGCUGGGGUCUAUGGAUUACAUUGUAAAUUUCGGGCUGCCUGAGCUUCGAGAGGACGACGACACUCCCCAGUUUGACCUCAGCCUCGUGCCGGGACAGAGCAAGUUUCUACGGGCAGGAGGUUUAGCUGUGUACCACCUCACGGUCUCGACCCCGGCAAACUCCGCAGCGACCUACUGGAUGGACGUAGUCACCACCAAUACCAGCCUGAGCGUCUGUCGGACCAAGCUCAUCAGCGGGGGACGCAACCUGCCGUGUUUUCAGACCGAUCGACCCGUGCAGUACCUCUCCUAUGAGGAGGACGGACACCGGGAUAGGUCUGUGCUGGACAUUGGACCAGUGAAAAAUACAGGCUCCAAACCAAUCACUGAUUCUGGCGCCAAUAAAAUGAUUGCCCAAGUUGUCGUCAAACUGGAAGAUGAUGCCAUACCUCCCGACAACCUGACUGAGCCAGAGAAGCAAGAGUUUGAAGCCACAGUCAAAGUUGGAGACACUCAACUCUUUGUGGUACCAGAAGAAAUUGGAGUUGAUGUCGAGCCUGCAUUUACUAACUUUACCCAUAUUCCUGAGAUUGCGUUCACCAAGCUCAAUUCUGAGUCCAUGGUCACGAUAGGGGGCGCUGUUGUCUUCAAUCUUGACAUUUAUAUACCAUUCGGAUCGAUAUCAGACUAUAAGGUUCAGUUUUUCAGCGAUCGGAUCGAUCCGUAUCGCACCACAGUGUGUGAAGCUAGGCUCAUCGGGUCGGGAUGGAACGUCCCGUGUGUUAAUGGCACCUUCUUGACGACUAUGUAUAACUCCACAACCGGAGAUGAUCAUGUGGAUAAGGCGUCAAUCGAUGCAGGAGCAAUCGCUAACAUGAUGCCUUACGGACCGGAGCUAGUCUCAGAUUUAAAUAAGGUGCGAGUACAACUGGUAGUUCGUCUAGAGAACAAUGACACUGUUAUGGAGGAUGAUCAGAUCUGGUUGUCGGGCGCACUGUCCCUGAAUGAACACAACGAGUACUACUUCCGAGCAGCCUUUAAUGCCACGCAAGAUAACCUCUAUUCAGAGACUCAUCCCCAGCCGAGGUUUGAAAUCAUACCACCGAGUGAUGUCGUCAUCAUGACGAUCGGCUCGAAGGAGACGUACCACAUGAAGAUUACAACUCCGGCAAUGAGCACACCGAUGACCAUCAACAUCAGCCUGCCGACCGCCGCGAACGAAGCGUUCCUGACGGUGGUUGAUAUGAAGCUCCUACACGUCGGUAAGAACUAUGCGUGCCAUCAGCUGUAUGAGAUCGAACCCGUGUAUAACUCAACGUAUUCUACGAGCCAGAACGACUCUGCGUUCAUUGACUUAGGAGUCAUCACAAAUCACGGAACGACCUACUACUAUCAGUAUAACCCUGAGUACGCCCUCCCCGAGGAAGACGAAAUCCUCAUCUCACUCGAGAUCCAGCUCGCCGAUCAUUUUGAUCUGGUCGACGGAUCGGAACUCAUGUUCGACAUCUACUUCGACUACAGCCUCGGUCGACAGACCCACUUCAACCAGACCAUCGGGGUGACUAAGACGGGAGCCGAGUACCCGGAGGUGGAGUUCAACAUCACAAUACCAGAAUAUGAUCCUUUGGUCACACAGCAAGGUGACUUGUUGUUAACCGAGCUAUCAGUCUACCACCUCAACACCUCAAGCAGCCACGCCCAUAGUGUCAUGAUCUACCUCAUGCUUCCUUACUAUCUCGAACUGGACCCCGAUGUUGAGAUUAAAGGUCCCCCACUCUGCUUGAAGACCACAGAGGCCGGCUAUAAACUUCACUUUGCAGAAAUGUAUUUUACCGAUACCUUCACCGUGUGGUUCAAUAUAUCGAUGGAUCCUAAUCGAUACAUGCCAAUUGAUAUGAACUUCAUCAAUACCACCGUGCCAAUAGAGAUCGUCUACUACAAGCACGACGGAGCAGACGAUGAUGGGAACAUCAUCUUGGGAGAAGUCUUCAAGACAGAGACCCUGAUCAUGGAUUUGUCAUUCAACACUGAGAGAUGCUUUGAGAUUCUUGGUGUUGAGAAUGACUACCAGAUCCAAGACUGCCAAAUAACAGCCAGUUCCUAUCUCAAUGACUCCUACUCCCCACAAAUGGCUCGACUCAACUCUGAAUCUGGAUGGGCACCAGCGAUACGAGAUAUGAAUCCAUACCAGGGAAACGAUUACAUUGAGAUCCGAUUUGGUGGCAUGCAUCGUUUCAGUGGAGUGAUGAUGCAGACCGGAUUUAACAGCAGUGAAUCUGUCUUGUCUUACAAGUUGAGUUACAGCGAAGACGGUUUAGAGUGGUUCAACUAUGAUCAGGUUUUCGUGAACGAUUUUAACUACACCGAAAACGUGACGUCGUCUCUGAACAUCAUCCCCCUACCGUUCAACGGCGCGUUUCUCCGUAUACGUCCCCAGAGCUACCUGGAGAAUACAUCAUUCCCGUUGAUGAGAUUUGAGCUGCUUGGAUGCAGACGAUCUGUUACUAUUGACCUGGCUGCUGCCUGUCAGACCACAGACUUUCCCGAUUACCCAUACUACGAGCGUGGUUUCAUCGUGGAGCCCAAAUCAGGAUAUGUCUAUGUUUGCAUUCUUGAGUACAUCGACGGUCCGACCCGGUGUUCAUACACAUUUGACAAUGGCACGACUUGGGAAGAUAUCGACAAUAACGUAGCCAGUAUCAUUGCCUUGGAACCGGACACGGUGGAACUCUUCGGGGUGUCCCAAAACAGACGAGCGAUCAUGCGCAGUGGAGACCUUGGCGUAACGUGGUCCAGUAUGGAGCCUGAACGGUACCUGGACUUAUCGAGUAAAGGAUACCUGAUGGAAAUGUCGAGGGUACCGUUUGUUGAGGUCUCUGAUGUUCCAGAUAUUGUCAUGGCAACGGAGGGGAAUAAUGCAUUCUUUGAGUGGGGAGCGGCUACGGAGGGACUGUACCGCCGAGAAGUGUCCAGUGUAGACGUCAAUGCAACGAGUGCAUGGGAGCUGAUCGGCACGUGGGGAUUCCCCUGAACAUUACGUCAUUUAGACUUUGCACUGUCGGUCGAGUUGACUUGUUCACCGAGACUAAAGGUGCAAUGCACAGCUUAUUUCGGACGGUCUUUUGAUGAUGGAGGAGAAGUGUACAGCCAGAUGAAUUGACCAAUCACGAAGCUCGUUCUUGAUGACGUAAGGCCUUCUCGUUUGUAUUGAUAGCUAAUCAUGCUUUAAAAAGUGCCAGUAGAUUAGUUUUCUAUAUAAAAAAGUUAUUUAGAAGUUGUAAACAAGGUUUCGCAGAUGCAGAUGUUUUGGUAGAAAGGUCGUUGCUACCAGGUGUGUUUUAAUUGCAUGAUAGGAACUAUUGUUUUAUUGAAACCAUGGAAAAUGAGGGGACAAAUGUGUUAUUCCUAAUAAAGAUGCUGCUUGUUGACAUCAUUUCACAAGUAUUGUCCUUUUAGUUUUUAAUAAAUGUUCAUUUGUCAAGAUGGGUAUAGGCAUUGCACGUACACUGAAUAGUCUUAAAACGUGUUUACUGUGUUUUUAAUAAAUUAAUGUAAAACCAAUUUACUUAAAUAAUGCACACAGUUACUUUGCCAAAGCUCAAGAGCAAAAAGGAGAUUGUAAAAAUUUGACCUUAUUUGAUGACAAAAUCAGAAAAAGGUAUGUAAUAAUAUACAAGCAUUUUACUUAAAUAAAAAUGGGCAAAAAGGUUUGAUAUAUUUCUUAUCACUUGCUAAAUAUUUAAAAAGCCACCACCCAGUUGGUUGAAGGGAAAACCUAGAUGACGUUAAAUUUGAUUAUUUAUUACAUUUUGUUUUAUUAAUGACUUUGUACAUUUCCUGCAAUAUUUGUAAAUUUGAAAAAUAGUAUAUACAUUUAAAGACAAUAGUUUCUUACCACAAGCGACUAGCUACUUGGUGUUUUUACUUAUCUUAAACUUUAAGAACAAUUCCGCCGCGACUUGAAUGUAAAUCGAG